AUGAUUGAUUUGGAGUCGGUCUUGAAUUUAGAAGAGCAGUUUUACCGUGAAGGCUUUGAAGAGGGCAGACAAGAAAAUCUGCGGCAUAAUCUGUUAGAGGGAAAGCAGUACGGGCUUCAGGUUGGAUUUCAGAGAUACGUUACAGUGGGGUUGAUGAAAGGUGCGUGUGAAGUUAUACUUGAAAACAGCUCUCUGCCACAGUUGCACAAGACCGCGCGUUCUAUCAUCGAUAUGAUUGAAGAGAUUCCAAUGGACAAUGAAGAAUCAAACGUGGUAAAAUAUGACAAGAAUCUGACAAAAGUGAAGAACAAGUUCAGACUAUUGUUGAUGGCAUACAACCGACCUCCACGCGAUAAAGGGCGAAAGCUGUCAUUUGAGGACAUUGACAACAUUUCAAAAACUGUUGCGGGAGACGUCCAGGGAUACAUUGAAAUUGAAACAAACACGACAAAUCCACAGGUCGAUUUCUGGUAA